AUGGUUUGUGCAAAUCAUAAUUUCCAAUUCCCAAUCGAUUUGAAAAUUUAUACUUUCAAACAAUUGAAAAUUCAUAAAGAAAAUGGUGGGAAUAAAAAAGGUGGUACUGACUCAGGGGGUGGUGGUAAUUGUGAUGGAUUUAAAGGUCAUCCUAUAUGUAAAUUUUGUUCUCAUCAUCCAAUGUUUUAUUCAAAUGAUGAAUUAAUGUUCCACUUAAGAAAUAGUCAUGAAAAAUGUCAUAUUUGUGAUAGAAUUGAUCAUAAUAAUCCGAAAUUCUUUAAGAAUUAUGAUCAAUUGUUUAAACAUUUUAAGGAUUCCCAUUAUGUUUGUACAGUACCAUCAUGCUUGGAUAUGAAAUUCGUUGUCUUUAAGGAUAAUGUGGAAUUAGAAGCUCAUCUUUUAAAAGAACAUUCCGAUAUACUACCUACUCACGCAAACCAACAUCAACAAAAUAGAUUCUUUCAAUCGGAAUUAUCAACUUUCAUUACGACUCCUUCAAGGGUUAUUAGAGAAACUCCAGAUUCUAUUGAUUAUUAUCGUUCUAAUUCAGGAUCAUCCUUAAACUCAUUAAAUAAUACAACAAACGCUGAAAAUUCUUCGCCUGAAAUUAAAAGGUUAAGAUUGGAUGAAAGAGCUAAACUUUAUUUAAACAAUUCACCAGAGGAAUUUGAAGAAUUUGCUAGAUUGAAUGAAAAUUACACUAAAAACAAAUUAACUACCUCUCAAUUAAUUCAAUGUUAUAAAGAAUUAUUCACAUCACCUCAAUCUAACAUAUAUUUGUUAAUUCAUAAUUUAGGUGAAUUAUUCCCACCACAUUCGACGAAAUAUAAAGAAUUGGACGAUAUUUAUAGAAAAUACGAAAUUAAGUCAUCAAGAGAUCAAUUAACUCCAAAUUUACCAUCAUUGUAUAACAAUUCUACAGCAUCUGUUCCCAUGAGAAGAGCUGUUUGGGGAACAGGAUCUAAUUCUUCCUCUUCAAAUAAUAAUAAUAAAAGAAAUCCAAUUACUAUUAGAAGUACAAACAACCUACCCACAUUAGGACCACCACCACUUUCUUCCACGAUACAAAGAACAACGACUCCUAGAGCCAGUAAAAUACCGUCAUAUAAAACUACAAAUACUAUUACACAGAGUUCAAGUCCGUCAUUAAAUAAUUCAGAUAGAUUGGCAAGUUUACCUCAAUUACCUAAACCAAAACCCAAAAGAGCUUAUAUUCCACCAGUAAAGGAACCAUCUUACCUGAUCCUAGACAAUGGGGGAAACAACAACAACAAGGACAGGAACAGAGAACUUCUAACGGCUUUUCUAGUUUGA